GCGGAGAGAGCAGAGGGCGGCGCGCGCGCGUAGCGGGGGCUAGCCAAGACUGUGCGGCUCGGGAGCUGAGGUCCGUGGUGUGGUGUCGUCGUCGACCCGUCACACACAAAAGCAAGAUGGAGGAUCUCGUAGUCGAAGUAUGCGGCGAAAACGGAGCGUAUUACAAGGCCUUUGUCAGGGACGUUUAUGACACCGAUGUUCUGGUGGCUUUCGAAAAUGACUGGCAACCAGAGUCCAAAUUUUCUUUUUCCAAAGUUCGUCUACCUCCCAAGGAAGGUUCAAAGCCUGAAUUUCAAGAAAAUCAAGAAAUUGAAGUGUUCUCCAGGGCAAAUGACCAGGAGGCAAGCGGGUGGUGGAGGGCUGUUAUUAAUAUGACCAAGGGUGGUUUUCAAGUCAUUGAAUAUCUGGGAUGGGACUGUGCUUACACCGAAAUUGUUGCCAGUGAGAGAUUAAGACCGAAAAAUCCUAACCCUCCUAUUGACAAAAAUACAUUUCACAAGGUGGAAAUAGAUGUGCCUGAAGACCUGAGAGAAUAUGCAAAAAUGGAUGGUGUACACAAAGAAUUCCAAAAAGUGAUAGGGGCAGCAGUGUUACGAUAUGUGCCUGAACGUGGAGUAUUGCUGGCCAUCUCCCGUCAAGAGAAUCUACAUCGACACUGCAGUAUGCUGCAAGACAUGCAUUUUCGUAAUUUGUCACAAAAGGUACUUUUAUUGAAGAGGACAGAAGAAGCUGCACGUCAGUUGGAGUCCACCAAGCUUCAAACUACAGGAGUCAAAUAUAGAUCUUCAAACUUUGUAUACCAACGUGUCUCAGAUUAUGAGACAGGAGUUAAAGGAAACUCAAGCUAUACAGAUGAGUUUAAUGUGAGGGAGGAUUUAAUGGGCUUGGCUAUUGGAGCUCAUGGAGCUAACAUCCAACAGGCAAGAAAAGUAGAAGGGAUUACCAACAUUGAAUUAGAGGAAAACUCUUGUACUUUUAAAAUUUAUGGAGAGAGUCAUGAAGCUGUGAAAAAGGCUCGUUCCAUGUUGGAAUACAGUGAAGAAUCCAUACAGGUUCCACGUGUAUUGGUUGGAAAAGUCAUUGGGAAAAACGGCAGAAUCAUCCAGGAAAUCGUGGAUAAGAGUGGGGUGGUGAGAGUGAAGAUCGAAGGUGACAACGAGCCUCAGCCAACAAUUCCAAGAGAAGAAGGUCAAGUACCAUUCGUGUUUGUUGGUACUGUUGAGAGUAUCUCAAACGCCAAAGUCCUUUUGGAAUAUCAUUUGGCUCACCUUAAGGAAGUUGAGCAGUUGCGGCAAGAGAAGCUAGAGAUCGAUCAACAGUUGAGGAGUAUUCACGGAUCGAAUACAGGACCAAUCCACAGUUUCCAACCAACGAGGCGAGGCAUGUCCAUGGGUCCAGACGAUGGUAGUAACAGUCGUGGUGGCCGUGGUGGCCAAUCCAGAGGGCGUGGUGGACGAGGUAGAGCUCCUGCAAGGCACAAUAGUGGUAUGCGUCGUGAUACAAUGGAUAGUAACGACGAUCGAAUCCGAGACCUGCCACCUCGAGGAGGUCAUCAAGGUAGUUCUGGUUACGGUCGACAGGGUGGAGGUGGCGGAGGACGGCCAAACACGCAACGUCGAGACCGCAGGGAUGAUCGUCGCCGGACUACUGACGACGAGGACACUGUUCUCGACAGCCAGGACGUGUCGAGUGUCGACAGAGAGUCGGUAUCGAGCAUGGAAGGUGGUACCAGAGGAUCGAAAAGACGUUCACGACGGUAUCGUCAGCGCAGCGCGACGCCGACCCGUAGUAGACGAGGCAGUAGUGUAGGUCAAGGUGACCAGUCAGGCGGCAGCAUCCAGAGUAAGGAGAUAACGCCGUCGAAUAACGACAUCUCAGCGUCGACGAACAACACUGGUAGUAACCAACAACAGCAGCAGCAAUCCCAACCAGGUGGUCCGAAAGGUCAACGAGAGCAGCGGCCACGCUAUGCUAGAGUAUCACAAAACAGCAAGCCCAAGGAAACCAUGGUUAACGGGACGAGCGGUUAAGUUCGUUUCGCUCUCGCUUGUCGAGGCAAACACACAAAACACUCACUUCCCCUCAACGACGAACUAAAAUGGAAGCUAAAGAGAGAGCUAUCGUUUUUUCACGGGACAGAUAAACCAUUUUUUUAUGUGCGACGAGCGUUACGAGAGUCUAAACACAAUAUUAAGCGAUGUCAAAAGGUGUAAGGGUUCAGCGUUGCGACGAAUUUGAAAGCUGAAGCUAAUGAAAAAGAAAACACGUCACGGUUAACAAUGAGACAAAAUGAUUAUAACGAAAAAUGGAUAAAAAAGUACUAAGUAAUAAUGGUGUUCGAGAGAACUUCCCACGACGCGAUAUAUAUUAACGUAUAUAUAUAUAUAUAUCUAUAUAUAUAUACAUAUAAAUAUAAUGGUGUAUAUUGUAAACCCAACAAAAUGAGCUACCUACAUCAGCACGCAACAUGACGCAUUAACCUCUACUCACUAAUGGACUACACACGAUUUUUGAACGCGACAUAAAGAUUAACCUAUGCUCGUCAGUAAGACUGUUUGCUACCGAUAAGAAAAAAAAAACAAGUAUCGACAUUAUAAUCGACGGUCAUUCAUCUUAAAAUGAUAAAAAGGAUUAAAAAAAUACAAAAAAAUUUAAAAGACAUUUAUUAUAUUUAUGCAUGAUUUAGUUUAAAACAAGAAAAUAAAGUAAAGCGAGCGGUGACUGUGUGUUAAAUCACAGAAACGGCCCCUUCGCCUGUGGUUCGACAUAUACGGACGCAUUCAUUGGGAGGCAGUAGCUAAAACAGCGGCCGCACAAUUGGAUCGAAAAGAGAAACAAUACUCCCUUGAUCGUGAAAACUGUGCCUCAUUUUUUAUACUCAAAUCUCGAUUGACGGCACCAAUUCGUGGGUGAGCCGGAUAUCCGUAGUUGUGAACGCACCAAAAGUUGGCGUUGAUGCAGUGUAGGCUUGAUCGUACUUUUUUAAAACUAAAAGUAAAAAGAUAAAUUCAUUUUUUAGAUAAUGAAAUCUGUCAAGCGUACACUGUGUUUACGUCAAUUAUGUUUGGCGUUUUCGCUCUAGUAACGAGUUGAAGAAAUAGGCAAGUCGACUGUUUUUUUUAAAGACUAGCGUAUAACAUCGUUACUAGUACGAAAGACACCAUCGAUGCGAAGAUCUCAACAUCAACUUUGAUGAAAAUGACAAACUUAAACACGAUAAGUUGAGAUGAUAAAUGGAGAUUACAAAAAAAAAGAGAGAAACCGGAACGGCAGCUGUAGUUAAUCCUAGUUAUGUCAGUGUCCCAAUGAUGUUCCUUAAAUUUUGUUCUUUACAUAAUUGAGUUUUUUCUUUUCUUUUAUUCUUUCGUUUACGAUUACUAGUAGUUACAUAAAUCACAAAGCUAGAUUUUUAUGUUUCAGUGCAGUGCUAAUUACUGGAUUAUUAGUUUAUAAAAUAUUUGCCGAUAAAAUUGGCUAACAGUAAGAUUUAAAAAAAAAAUACAAAAAAAUAGUAAUAAAUAAAUGAUCAGAAAAUAAAAAAUAAUCAAGAUCAAAAAAACGGCCCGUGCAUGCGUCGUGUUGAAAGAUGUCGAAAAAAGUGGCGCUUAAGAGCGUUAAAAAAAGGGUUGAUUCACUUUUUCCUCGGCUACGCUUUACCCGUCGCUGUGCAAAUAUCGUGCUGUUUUUUCCAAGUUUUAUCGUACUUCUUUAAAUCCUCGUUUUUCUCCCUUUUAGCUGCGUUAAAAGCGUAAGUGCUGCAACUAUGACAGCUGACAAAAAAAAUUAAAAAAACAAAAAAAAAAGACUAGAACAGUUGCCAGCUCCCCGCCCAAAUCUCAUACAAUGUUUUCAUGUAAUUUGUACGAGGACAAAAAAAUAAACGUAUACUUAGCGAUACCAGUUUAUGAUGUGCCAGAGAAGGAAUGAUACAUGUUUUUAAUGAUAUCUAGCUGAAGCGAAGACUUAGCGAGCGCGCAUACCUUUAUUACUAUAUUAUAUCUUGGUAGAAAUGUGAAUGUCUGAACAAUUAAAGUUAGCUUUACUGUACCAAAAGCUAUUAAAAACAAAAAAAUAGAUAUGGUCAACGGUCAAUGAUAAAUUGAAGAAUCGUUCAAUUUAAUGAAACUGUGGUAUUUCUUCUUCCGGAUAUGACAACAACCAAUCGGACGUGUCUGAUAUAGUUAUUGUGAAAACGAAAAGCUAAUCAAGUGAAAGAAUCACAAUGAAAAAAUAUAUCUACGUACGCCAGUUGAAUAAAACUAUCGUAUAACUCGACACCUACAAAUAAAGUAGCUACUCCUACGAACAUCAUGAGAAGUUACACUAUAUCACUGUAAGGCGGCAAAAAAAACUGAGAUAUCCCCCAACUUGCUUGUUUCAGAUACAUUUGUAUUGAUUGCAAUUUGUGCAUAAUUUAAGAAU